AUGUCCACCCCCCAGGUUCUCCGAAUUCCCCGGUCGGACGAGCCGCAUUCUUACGUACUGGUCCACGUCUCCCAGACUGGCCAGGCACCUCUGGAUGUAUCCCUCACCGCAACAGAGGGUGAGAACCCAUACGCCGCUUCUAUCAAACAAUCUCGUCUCCAGGCCCUACGCGGCAAAAAGUAUCAAGGAUCCGAUGACGAAUGGGCCUACAUCAUUGCCUACGUCCUAAGACAGCCAAUCUCUACCGAGAACGCAUCCUGGUCUGCCGGGAUCGAAGUCUCUGCUAGUAUCUCCAGCACUGGGGGUGAUGAACAAGAAAUAGUCAUCACUAUUCGCAAAAGAGUUCAGGACAUCACUCAAAGACUAGGGUCUCUAGUCCUCAAGCAAGAUGAAGAUCAGGAGAUCGCGUUAUUCGAAUGGACCGGCCUCGCAGCUGCCAAAGCCGAUGCCUUGCACAGCCAAGUGACAAGCCUAACGGACCGCUACCGGACCGCGGAAGAUACCAUCGCCAAAUUAACACAACAACUGGCAGACCUCAUGCAAGCCAAAAGCCAGCAUGAGAAUCAAAUGGUCGUCAACUUUGCCCAGUUGCUGAACGAGAAAAAGCUCAAAAUCCGGAAUCAGCAGCGAUUGCUGGCAUCUGCUGCGGCUGACCCGACAAAAGUUGCCGAAAUUCAAGCAGCCACUGUGAAACAUGAAGCAACCAGCUCUCAACCAACCACAAAACGCCGUGCGGCAGACACGUUAGCCGACGAAGACGAAUCAGACGAUGGCUUCGAACGAAUGGAUGUGGACCGUAAAGCUGCCGAUGUGCAAGCAGCGUAUGCACAAGAGACCGAAGACGAAGAAGAGAGAGGCACGCCGCAACCACUCGAAGACGGAGAAGGGAAUACGACCACCGAUGACGAGGACGAAGAAGUCCCAGCGACUUCGCAGCGAUCUGUACCUGAACGAGCCAAGGUUCGUACCUCGGAAAGACAGGCUCCGGCUAAGGAGGCGGCGCCGGCACCUCCACGGAGGGAAUUACCGUUUACUCGACGGGGGCCUGCGGCACAGGCGCAGGCACAGGCACAGGUUCAACCGCAGCCUCUGGCAGAGACCAGUGUGGCGGGAGAAGAGACAGAAGGGGAAACGGAUGAUGAUGAACUAUGA